AUGAGGGUGUUCGUGCCUCUCCAACUUCAUAACCUCUUGACAUUCGCCAGUGAGCUUGACGAGCGGACGAGCUGGACCAGGGAACGAGCUCAACUCCUCGACUCGGCGCUCAACACAGUUGAGUUGAACGAGUUGGUUACGUUAGUUGAAUCGACUCGUUGGGACAACACGCCCGUGAUGGUCCAGUUGACCGAGCCAGCGAAUGCAGAUGACUCAUUGGCUGCAAGACCUGCUUCUUGUGCUCGGAAGAAGCGCCGCAUAAAUCCUUCUCCCCCUGGGAGUUCCAAGGACUACGGAUUCCACAAUGGAUUCAUCGGACACGGUCACGGUUAA